GAUUGUUACUGGAGAAUCUGAACAAUCUGAUUUGAUAAUACAUGCAAAUGCCAUUGGAUCAACCACAUCAAAUGUCAAUAACGUCAGUGGGAACUUCAAGAAACUUGGAGGGUUUGGUGCAGGAAAGAAGCCCAAGUGCACUCAUUGUAACAAAACAGGACAUACUGUGGAUAAAUGCUAUCAUCUACAUGGUUUUCCUCCGGGUUACAAAUUUAAGGGGAAACAAGAUGAAGGUCAUAAGUCAACGGCUUACACAGUAGGAAUUGAACAGCUUGGAUUUACUAGUGAACAAAUUCAGGGGUUGAUGAAAUUUCUACAGCAAAAGCCAAAACAAGAAAUCACAAGGCAAGAAGGACCUGCAAUUGCAUCUGUCACCAGACAAAUGACAGAACAAGUUGGAUCUGUGAAUGAUCAUGUUUCAGGAAACCUAUGGGGGGAUGAUGAUUGGUACAGCUAAAGAGCACAAUGGCCUAUACCAUAUGAAGCAGACUAUAAAUAGUUUUCAUAUGAAUAAUUGUAAUAAUGUCAUGCUUUGUAAUAAUGUCAGUGGACAAUUAUGGCACUAUAGACUUGGACAUGCUCCAUAUAGUAGGUUGUCACAUAUUCCGUGUAUUGAUCUCAAAUCAAGAGGC